AAAAAAAAAACCCCGAGGUAUUUGAGGGCAUGGCCGGUACACAGAGACAGUGAAGCGGAGAAGAGCGCAGCCACACCCGCGGACAGUCUGCACUCUGCUUCCUAACCUCCAGCCAUGAGUCUGCGAGGCUUCCACCUGAUCCUGCUCCUGUCUGGGCUCCACACCUGCCUGUCACAGAAAGACUCGAAAGGCUUCACCGGGACGGAAACAGACGACGGGUUGUUGGUCAGCUCCCAGGCCCAGAAGGUCCUGAGCAGUUCUCUCACGACCGUCUUCCUCCCGAUCAUCUACAUCAUCGUGUUCGCUUUGGGACUUCCCACCAACGCGUUGGCGAUCUGGGUGUUCCUCUUCAGGACCAAGACGAAGCACCCGGCGUCCAUCUACAUGGCUAACCUGGCGCUCGCCGACCUGCUCUUUGUUAUCUGGGUCCCCAUGAAAAUAGCGUACCACUUCAACGGCAACAACUGGAUCUAUGGUCAGGGGCUGUGCAAAGUCCUGGUGGCGUUUUUCUACGGCAACAUGUACUGCUCCAUCGCCUUCAUCGCCUGUAUAAGCGUCCAGCGAUACUGGGCUGUGGUCAACCCGCUCGGACAGCGGCAGAGAGACAACCGCAUGGCCGUAGCCGUCUCCGUCACAAUCUGGGUGGUGGUCUGGCUCAUCACGAUCCCUCUCUACCUGUACGAUCAGGAGGUCUACGUGAGGAACCUCGAGAUCUACACCUGCCACGACGUCACCAGGCCCGCUCAUAAUAAAAUAGCAGCGGGAUACUUCCUGACGAUGGGAAUAUUUGGAUUCGUUGUUCCGACAGUUGUGUGCAUCAUAUCCUACGUCCUCAUGCUCAGGGCUCUCAGGAACAGCAUGUCGGAUCCAACCAUCACCAAGAAGCGGCGAAAGGCCGUCGUCCUGAUCGUCACCGUGUUGAUCAUGUUCUUGGUGUGCUUCACCCCGAGUAACAUCAUGCUGCUGGUGCACUACAUCCUCCUCCUGGGCAAAGCCGAGAACAACCUGUACGGAUUUUACAUCACCACCCUGUGCCUGGCGAGUCUCAACAGCUGCUUCGAUCCGUUCGUGUACUACUUCAUCUCCGAGGACUUCAGGAACCACGUGAAGAACACGUUCCUCUGCAGGAGCGAGAGGACCGUGGAGAGGAUGAGGAUCUCCUUCAACGCUCUGAAGUACUCCAAGAAGAGCAACACCUACACGUCUGACACGGGGGACACGGGGACCACGCAGAGCAGCAGCUGCUAGUGGACUGUUGGUGUUUUUAAGCUGAAUCCUGAUGGAUUAACUCAGGCGUAAAGUCAAUUUCUUUUUAAAUUCUACUGUGAGGAAAUUUCGGAGCGUCCUCUGUGGUUAGGACCUCCUGGAAGUUGUCUAAGUUACUGCAUUUUAUUUUUAAAAAUGGAAAUUUGAUGUGAUAUUUAAUGCUCUUGGUUCUGUGGUUUUAUUCGAUAUGGGAUUGGGUGUGAAUGAUGCGUUUUAAUCAUUUUUAAUGUGUGAGAUAAAUUAUUUGUCAGCGUUUUUAAGACUCAGACGUUUUGUACGAUACACGAUACGCACUUGUAUAUAUCUAUAUAUAUAAGGAUUUUUACUUGUGAC